AUGCUCUUGCAGAGGAUAGUCUUUUUCUUGUUGAUCUCCUCGAUUCUCACCCUGCCCACAACAACACCGAAAUUAACAUGGAAAGAACGUCUUGAGGCGAAACGAGCCCAAAUCCGCGAUCAAGUCAAUCAAGAAGUCGAUGCGUUAAGACAGAAAAUCACCGACAAAAAAGCCGCCUACGACACGGAGAAAGAGAAAAAUCGCCGAAACGAUCGAUCAAUUUUACAAAGAAGCCGAAGAGAACGUCUCGAUAAGAUCAAUCAAUGGAAAGAGUCACAAGUUGCGCCAUUUGCUUUGGAGGUCGAAGGAGAGCCCUCGUUGUAUGAGACGGUUCGGGCGAAAUAUGAGAGCGCGAAGAACACGAAAAAGGAACAAUUGAACACAGAAAUCGACAAGAUUUUCCCUGGAUAUAAACAGGCGGUUGACGAGUACGAAGCACAAGAAACCGCGAAAAAGGAGGCUCGACGAGAGAAAUUCGAUGAACUCCGAGAGAAUGCCCGCGUGAAAUUCAAUGAAACAAAACAGAAAUUUGAUGAAUUCGCACAAGAGGCAAACGCGAAAUUGAAAGCUGAUUGGGAAACAAAAAAAGAAGAACACAAAGCGAAAAUGGAGAAAGCUCAUGAAGUUUUGUCGAAUGUGAGCGUCAUUGUAAAGGAUGCCACGCAUUCACUUCUCAACAAAAUUAAAGAAGAGAAAAAAGAGGAAGCUGCAGUGAAAUUGCAAGCCGCUCAAUGGAUCAGCGACAAAAUAAAGAACAAAACGGAAGAGUGGAAGCAAAAGCAUCCAUUGGCUGCAGCAAGGAGUUUCUCUGAUGUGUCCAAUUUCCUCAAUGAUGCCUCCGGUGCCUCGGGAUGGCAAACAGCGACCACGAUUCUGAUGAUCAUCUGUUUUGUGAUCACAAUCGGAUUGUUGAUCUUGAUUUUCAAACAGAUCCGAAGCCGUCAAUUGUAUCAAAAACUCGAUGGAAACACAUUCCAACAAACAAAUCAACACUCGAUGGCACAACCAGGAUACAAUCCUUCAUUCAACAACUCCUCGUCGACUUUUGUCCCCAGUCGUGAGGCACUCCGAAAACAAGACUAUCCCCAACUUUUC